GUAUUUUAAAGGUCCCCCAAAAAAUCGCGAUAAAACUAGCUCCACAACGCCCCCUAGAAAAAGAAAAAUAACCCCCUCCGUAAACCUUAGUUUGUCGUACAGUGAUGAAAUUUUGUACACUUGUAGUACUCAAGAGUCCGUACAGAAAAGCCUCUUGCAACCAUGGUCAACAUCAAACAAGAAGUCGGCCAUUUUGGUUUGAAGUGGUGAUUUUGACCCCGUUUUGGCCGUUUCUAGGGUUCGCUUCUGAUUGAUUUACUCAGUCAUUUUUCGCACGAUCGUCUUGAAAGUUGUGGGAAAUUGCUCAGAAGGGAUGGGCGAUCAAAUAGAAAAAUAAAACUGACUUUUCAUAUAUGCUGAGGGGGCGGGACCAGGCCUCGAAUUUCGACUAUUCGCCAAAAAAAUAUAAAUGGCUAUAACUUCAUACUCGAAUAGAGUUACAAAAAUUUCUGUGGUCAUUCGACAUCCAGCCACAAACUAAAUUGAAUGGUCGGAUGAUGACAUCACACAAGCCCCGCCCCGUCAGGACCAUAAAGGUCAAGUUUUACUGUGAUAGGUCCCAAAUUGCCCCAUUUCACUUAAUCACCACACAUUUGUAGCUGGCAACUCAAGACAAGUGGAUGUUUCUUGGCAUCACUUUAUGGGAGUUUUCGAUUAAACUCAGCUGGGUCAAGCCCCGUGGAGUUAUUAGGGCAAACCUGGCUGGAAUCUAACAGUAUUGACUCAUAUCAGUGACCAUUAUGUAAGGACCCAGAGUCUCUGGUUUCUCUUUUAUGGUUAUUAUUGUCGGCCAUAAUCUACGCCUAACAAACUCUUAACCUCAAAAUAAAACGUUAAUACUAACGUUAACUAUUCAAACCGUUACAAUAUGUUUCAGGAAAUUUGGCCACUCUGGCUCUCCGUAGGUGUUUUCAGAUUACACGGGGGAAGGAGAGUUUUGGCUCGUCUCUCACAAGCAGGAUAAAUGAAUAGAUCUUCUUUGGCAGCGAUGGGGAAAAGCCUCACUUAAACAUGAAGGAGCGUCUCUAAAUAAUAAAAAAAAAAUCAGGAAGCUAAAUGCAAAGUUUAUGGUAGAACACUGACCCAGAGGUUUUCUGAUUGAGCAGACUUGUGAGAAUACAUGUAGUGGCCGCUUAGAGACGGCACAAGCUAGUCGCUAGCAUAGCGGCUAGUUGAGUUGUAUUGAUAUAAAGUCAUCUUGUUUGAAAUUAUAUCAACUUUUUAAGGAUGUGUGUAUAUUUCCCAGCCCUAAUCCAGACAUCUCAUAGUCAUUGUUCCACCAAUCACAGCCGUCUAUCCCUGGUACUAAACACCAGGACUGAUCACACAUGGAGCCUCUAACUAAGCCAUCACCACUGAUACAAACCUUCUCGCUCAAUGGUCCUCUCACUGGUCUCCUCACUCUGAGAAUAUGUUGUAUGGAGGUUCAAAGAACAGUUUCCAAUUGUAAAAAAUAAAAAUAUAAAACUGUAUAGGGGACCUCAUUUCUUAAGAAAAUUAUUCACCAUUUUCUUUUUCUUUUUUUUUGACAGGUGACAAAAUGAUCCCAAGUAAUAUUUCUUCGACUGCAAGCUCCACAAAUGAAACCAUAGUGGAAAAUAAAGCUGCCACAGCCAUGGGCACACUGAUCUUAAGUCUGGUUUUCCUUGUGGGAUUCCCUGGAAACAUCUUUGUCACCUGGAGCAUCCUGGCUAGAGCUCGAAAGCAAUCCAUUACAACCCUACUCAUUCUCAACCUAUCCAUUGCUGACGGCUCCCUAAUGGCUCUUACCCCAUUCUUCAUUGCCUACCUUGCAAUGAUGAACUGGACGAUUGGCAAUGUGAUGUGUAAAAUCCUCUUCUACCUCUGUUUGCUCAACAUGUAUGCCUCUAUUUACCUCAUCAUGGUGAUGAGCAUUUUUAGACUGCUGUCGGUGUUGUGGCCACGGCGGAUUAGUGUCAUCACUGGCAAGAGGACGAUCAUGCGUGUGCUGGCAGUUGUAUGGGGGUUUGUGGUUAUCGCCUCUAUUCCAGCACUUUUCUUCCGAGAAGUGAGGCCAAAAAGGACUUCCCCAGGCAUGGCGUGUGAUUGCUUUCACGAUGAAGACAUGCAAGUGGUUUUGCAGUACAUGCUGGAACUUGUACUGGGAUUUCUAAUACCUUAUGGAGUCAUUCUAGUUAGCUAUAUUUGCAUCCUGCGACGGAUCAGACGAACCAGAUUCCACCGUCGCAUUCGCAGCGAAAAGCUAAUUAUGGCCAUUGUGUUGACCUUCUGCCUAUUUUGGCUGCCUUACCAUCUUAUCAACAUGGUGCAAGUUACGUGGGCUCUCUGUCCAGAGGGUAAAGUCAAAGCAAUGUUAGACACAAUAUGGCGCCGGAGUCGAGCUGUUUCCUCAUCUGUUGCCUUCAUGAGCAGCUGUGCCAACCCGGUGCUCUACUUCUUUGCUGGAAAGUCCUACAUCAGACGAGAGGGGCUGGCGUUCAUGGCUCGCUUGUUUGAGCGUACAGCUUUGGACAGCAACAGGAAAAGCCGGCAGAACAGCCACGAUAGCCGGGACAAAGACAAAGAUGCAGAAAUCGUUACGCUCAAAAACAAAGACAUAGAAGACCUGGAGUCUGCUACAAAUUCAAGUAGUAAAGUAAAAUGUGAUAAAUAGAGAAGAAACAAGGAGAUGUGUUUGAUGGUGGCCUCUCUGGAACAAGAAGCCAUCCUUUGAAUCUCCAAUGUAAAUGUAGCAUUGAGAGUGCCAUGCUAAACUUGUUUCUGGUAAACAUUGACGACAACAUGAGGGACAACUCAUUUGCUGUUACAGACUUUGGAAUCACAUGGAUGCUAACCCUGGAAAUGCUUCCACACCGAGGGUCUAAAAUUGGUGUUUUCAACUAUAAUCAGAAAGGUGGCUAUGGGCCAGUGCUGUGAAAGGUGCUGCUGGAUUCCAUCCACUCAAAAAUGACUGCAAUGCACAUCCAAUACUGGUCCAAACUAUAAAGGUAAAAGCAGAAAACCUUGUCUUAUUUUUUAUUUUUUUUGCAGAAGCUGUCGCCAAUAAACUUUCAGAAAAAAAACACAACUUUUGCACAGUUAUGUUACUUUUACAGCGAUAAGUUAAAAGUCGAGAAACGCAUUGAGAAAAAUGGUGCAUUCACAUCUGGGUCGACCCAGCCUGGUCUUGAAAGCACUGGCCCAGUCAAGCACAGCCAAGUUUUGUUCACACAGCAUUCUCUGGAACACGGAAUCUCCGAGCAUGUGGGCAGGGUUAAAGACGCUCAGAGAAGUCUGUAGUGUCCUCCUUAAUUGGUAAACAAAGGCAGUGUGUUGGGUCAGUUCUGCCUGAAGCGAACUACCGGAAGAGAAGGUCUGACAACAUGGUCGGUUGAGCACGGAAAACACGCUGGUUACCCAGAUGUGAACACAACAUACCAUUCCUGGGCGGUUCCGAGCCAACCCAGAUGUGAAAACGCCAUUAGAUACUUUUAAUGACCCCAUCAUCUGAGGGCUGAUGCUUUUUGUCCAUAGCUUCUUUUUGUGCAUAAAUGAUUCAUUUGUUUGUUAUUUGUUAUUAUUUUUAUAAAAUUUUGUAAAUCAGGGUAACAAUUUUCACUUUAUUUGUAAAAAAAUAUAAAAUAAAAAACUAUUUUGUUAUAACUUCAGAGCAAGCUGUCCAUGCAAGCAGUCGGGUCCUCUGCUGCUACUCUUCAAUGAUGCACUAAAUGCAGAGGUGUGGACUCGAGUCACAUGACUUGGACUCGAGUCGGACUCGAGUCAUUAUUUCAAUGACUUCUGACAUGACUUGAUAAAAUUUAUAAAGACUUGACUCAGACUUGAAUAACGAUGACUUGUGACUUGAAUCGACUUGCUUCUGUAAUGUCCAGCAAUGGUCAGUUUUUAAGUACAGUUUGACCCUUCAAUAUCUGGUCAAAAUGGAGGCAUGAGACUGCAUGUGUUCCCUUUAAUCUGCCUGCCUUCAUCCCAUCAGCUGAAGCUCAGAGCCUCUCUGCAGCUCUGAACACAUGAUAACGUAUUGUCAACAGUGAUGUUCUCUCCUCAAGGCUUCCCUUAUCAUUCAUGCCUCUGAAUAAGUGAACACUCGCAGCUCGGAUUAGU